AUGUCUCUCCCUUCAUCUAUUUCUCUUUCUCUCUCCUUCCCUCACUCUCUUCAUCUCCAUUUCUCUUUCCUUCCCUCACUCUCUUCAUCUUCAUUUCUCUUUCCAUCUCUAUUUUUACUACACUCUCCCUCCCUAUCUAUCUUUUACUAUUUAUCUCUCACUCUUCCUUCCUACCUCUCUCUCCAUUUCUCGCUCAGCCUCUAUAUUUCUCUCUCACUCACUUUCCACAUUCUAUCCAUUUCUCUCUCCCUCCCUCACUCUCUUCAUCUCCAUUUCUCUCUCCUUCCCUCACUCUCUUCAUCUCCAUUUCUCUCCCCUCCCUCACUCUCUUCAUCUCCAUUUCUCUCUCCCUCCCUCUCUCUUCAUCUCCAUUUCUCUCUCCUUCCCUCUCUCUCUUCAUCUCCAUUUCUCUCUCCUUCCCUCACUCUCUUCAUCUCCAUUUCUCUCCCCUCCCUCCUCUCUUCAUCUCCAUUUCUCUCUCCUUCCCUCUCUCUCUUCAUCUCCAUUUUUCUCUCCCUCCCUCACUCUCUUCAUCUCCAUUUCUCUCUCCCUCCCUCACUCUCUUCAUCUCCAUUUCUCUCUCCUUCCCUCUCUCUCUUCAUCUCCAUUUCUCUCUCCUUCCCUCACUCUCUUCAUCUCCAUUUCUCUCUCCUUACACUUCAGGUCACUUUUUUGUUAUCUCAUAUAGAUUUAUUCCUACUUCAUUCUCUCUUGACCUCCCUAUCUUACAUUGUUCAUCUUUAG